AGUCGCGGGACCGAUGCCGUGGUGAAGUCUUCGUGCCAUUCUCGAGAUCGAGAGCUUCGAUUUCUCGGAAAUCCAUGGCGAGGAGCUGCUGCGACAUCCGCCUCCUCCUCAUCGUCGCCGCCGCUGCCUUCAUUUUCAUCCAGGUGCGUCUUUUUACAACACAGUCUGAGUAUGCAGAUCGUUUGGCAGCUGCUGUAGAAUCUGAAAACCAGUGUACAACUCAGAUGCGUUUGUUGAUUGAUCAAAUAAGCAUUCAACAAGGGAAAUUAGUCUCUCUAGAAGAAGAAAAGAGACAUAAAGAUGAGGAGUGCGCUCAGUUGAAGGCUUUAGUUCGAGAGCUUGAAAGAAAAGGUCUGAAUUCGUUGAUCAAGAAUAACAAGGUGCCUGUGGCAGCUGUUGUUAUAAUGGCUUGCAAUCGCAGAGACUAUUUGGAAAGAACAGUUGAAUCUAUCUUGAAAUAUCAUAGCCCAGUUGCUUCCAAAUUCCCACUGUUCAUAUCUCAGGAUGGUACAAAUCAAGCUGUUAAAGAUAAAGCUUUGAGUUACAAUCAAAUAACAUACAUGCAGCAUCUUGAUUUUGAACCAGUGCACCCAGAAAGACCUGGAGAAAUACUUGCAUACUACAAGAUUGCAAGGCACUAUAAGUGGGCCUUGGAUGCAUUAUUUAACAAACAUAACUUCAAUCGAGUAAUCAUACUAGAAGAUGACAUGGAGAUUGCUCCUGAUUUCUUUGAUUAUUUUGAAGCCACAGCCUCUAUAUUAGACAAGGAUGAGACGAUUAUGGCUGUUUCUUCUUGGAAUGACAAUGGGCAAGUGCAGUUUGUGCAUGAUUCAAAAACUCUUUACCGUUCAGAUUUCUUUCCCGGCCUUGGAUGGAUGCUGACAAAAUCCAUAUGGAAUGAAUUAUCACCAAAGUGGCCUAAAGCUUAUUGGGAUGAUUGGCUGAGAUUAAAGGAGGUACACCAAGAUCGGCAAUUUAUUCGUCCAGAGAUUUGCAGAACAUACAAUUUUGGUGAGCAUGGUUCAAGUAUGGGGCAAUUCUUCAAACAGUAUCUGGAAUCCAUUAAACUAAAUGAUGCCCGUAUUGAUUGGAAGUCAAUGGAUCUGAGCUACCUGAUGGAGGACAAAUUUUUGAACCACUUUGCAAAGCUUGUAUCCGAUGCCAAACUUGUUACUGGUCCUGACUUUGUUCUGAAGGCCUCCAACAUAAAUGGCGACAUAAAAAUCAAGUACCGAGACCAGCAAGAAUUUGAAAUCGUUGCACGUCAAUUUGGAAUAUUUGAAGAAUGGAAGGAUGGAAUUCCAAGAACAUCAUAUAAAGGAGUUGUGGUAUUUCGAUAUAAAUCUCCAAAGCGAAUUUUCCUUGUUGGCCCAAACUCCUUACAGCAGCUUGGAAUCAAAGAUCUUUGAAUACAAAAAUCCACAGGAAAUUGGUUUGAGAUAAGCUUUUCAUCCCCAUCUUCUAUAUCAAAAUCUAGAGUAUCAUUAGGUUUCCGAACGCCAUAACUCAGAACUGGUUGCUAACUAAUAUCAAACACUGCUCUUUUUCAUCCAUGGAUGUGGCAGUCAAUAGGAAGAAGAACAAGAAGCAAAGCAUUUCGUCUAAUGCUUCACCCGGUAUGUCGAGUAUAAUUUAGAAAGAUUGUUUAUGAGGUGCUACUUUUUCAAGUUUGUAAUCUCUUCUGCAACAUUCAUACAGGAUCCAUGUUGUGUUUAUUAGACGAAAAAUCUAUGUUUUUAGCCCCAUUUUACAGCAUGUUGUGUGUAUUCCUGCUCAUCUAUUAUGCCUUUAGUAACAUUGAACCACACAUUUAUAUCCUCACUGUGCUGUUUGUUUUAUCAUACAAAGUUUAUUUGAUU